GCGACCGACGCAAGGCUUUUGUGUUUUGCAGUGUCCGUGAAAGUCAACGAUGUCGAUCAGUCAAGAUUCGUUUGGUAAAUCCGCGGUAGGAGAAGCCGUUACAAGAUACACGUUCCAGAACAAGAACAACGUCCUCGUGAGAGUCCUAGAUUAUGGCGGCAUCAUCACUGACAUCAUCGUCCCGGACAGGAAGGGCAAGAUGGAGGAUGUCAGUCUCGGCUUUGAUAACAUGGAAGGCUAUGCUGGGGGUCCAUACAUGGGUGCUCUGAUUGGUCGAUACGCCAACAGGAUCGCCGGUGGACAGUUCACUCUAGAUGGCGCCUCCUACUCUCUGUUUGUCAACAACGGACCUAACAGUCUGCAUGGAGGAAAGAGAGGAUUUGACAAGCGACUAUGGGAGGCUAAGGUUGAUGGCAACAGACUGAGCCUCAAAUAUGUCAGCCCUGACGGUGAGGAGAACUACCCAGGGGAGGUAACUCUGACAGUCACAUACGAACUGACUGAUGAGAAUGAGCUGAUCAUCGACUACACGGCAACAUCGACCAAGGCAACACCUGUCAACUUCACCAACCACGCCUACUUCAAUCUGGGAGGACAUGCAUCAGGGAAGGUUGACGAUCAUCUUGUACAGAUCAAUGCGGAACAUUUUCUGCCCCUGGAUGAAAACUCUAUUCCUACAGGUGAGAUCCGGGGCGUGGAGGGAACAGAAUGGGACCUGAGGACCCCUGUACGACUUGGGGACCGACUUGGACAGGUGCCCGGUGGAAAAGGAUUCGACCACAACUUCAACCUGUCCCUGUCUGGAGAAAGGCGUCUUGCAGCAAGAGUGGAGCACCCCCCGAGUGGACGGUGGAUGGAGUGCUACACCACAGAGCCAGGGGUGCAGUUCUACACCAGCUUCUAUCUGCAGGACCUCGCGGGGAAGGGAGGGGCCAACUACUCCCAGUACGGAGGAUUCUGUCUGGAGGCUCAGCACUACCCUGACAGCAUCAAUCAGCCAAGUUUCCCAAACUGUAUUCUACGUCAAGGGGAAACAUACAGACAGACGACAUCUUACAAGUUCGGCAUCAGCAGCUAAUUGCUUUACAGCUGGAACAGUCAAUGAAUUCGAUCUUUUUCAAAAUGCACACUGACAACACUGGGAACUUUCAAGGGCUACUGAGUUCCUCCAGCCUGGACAGUAUCUUAGUGUAGGAGCAGGUCUCGGGAUUUCAUAUGAAGAAGUAGUGACUUUAUGAUGUACAAUCUCAUUCAAAUCAGAUCUCAGUUCCCGCUGCCACUUAACAGUGAUCAGAGGACAUCCCAUUACGGGUCAGGUCAGAACAACCUUUCAUCCGACCAAUCAGAGAAUCGCUUACUAGAUCAGGAAAGUGAAAGUUGGAAUGUGUUUUCUAAUCAAACAAUCUCGAAAAAAUUUAACACAGGGUAUUCUGAAUGCCAGUUAUGGACUUUGUGACUGAUUCUGUCAAAAUCAUCCUCUAUCUCUCGCUUCAAUGAGAUAAGCAUUCCCCGUGCAAAGUGCUCUCAUACAAUCUACGCCAUCUAUUUUGUUCUGUUUUCAAAUUUUGAAUCAAGACUUGUCAAGAUAUUUGUCAAAGCCAAGUCGCCAGUUUGAAACUUGUGUCGUAUAUCUGGAGAAUGCUGCUUUCUGAUUGGCUAAUGCCGACGUCAUGUUAGUCAUUUCAUUGGUCGGUCAAAGUUCGCUAAAGGAUGUUCUGACAUGACCCAUUAUGGGAUGUUCUGAAAUCUGUGUUUAGUGGUACCGAGAAACUAAGAUCUGAAUUUAAUGAGGUUGGAUGAUGUAAGACUGUUUAGACAGUAGAUAUUUAUUGUCCCAAUGUUCUUGGCAGCUACUUCUACCUGGGAGGUUUUUAUAUGUUACUAUGGUUAUUUGUUAUACAUAGUUUAAUCAUGUAUGAGAUUCCAUAUUUUGAGAAGGUUGUUGUGAGUUGAUUUGCAUGUAGUUGAAGAAUGUUGAUGAUUUGAGAGACACUAUAAUGUACACAGCCUCUUCAAGAGAUCAUCAGGCCAACACAGUCAUCACAGUCUCAUUGUCAAAUCUGACUUUGGUUGAUGGUCCAAAAUUGAUGUUGGGAAGGUUUACAAUGAACCACAGUGAUCAAUGCUUUCCCUCAAGUGAAAGGGGGACAUCAUUUGGUAUUCUGAGCAAAUACCGGUACAUACAAAUGCAAUUUAUCAAAAGAUUGUUUUUAAGCAUCAGUUCAAGAAUCCAUCACCAAAAAAGUGAUAAAAAAAGAGUAAGGCUUAAAAAAUAACAGAGUUGGUUCUCAGGAGAUGACUUUUGAAAAUAUAGUGCUGGCGGUGUUUUUUUUGUUUUUUUGCUUUUUCAAUCUAGUAUGUAACCAAAUAAACAGUAUGUGUACCAUCAACCUGGGAAAGGGCCUCCCUACAUAAACAAGCACACAAACUCCUAUUGCCGCCAUGACAACAUAAACAUGAGAUGUGCAGUAAAGCAGUACGCAUGUAACGGGAAGUAACUAUGUUGUAUUGGAUCACAUUGUUAUUAAGUAUUAGGAUUUCUUUUUUAUAUAUAUAUAGAAAUAAAAGUUAAACGUGCUGCAGACUUUAUGAUGAUGCGGGCGGUGCCUGAGAACCAAGACUAUAAUUUCUUUUAGCCUCAAGAGAUGUAUUGUUAUAGAACUCACAUUAACUAUUUAUGUAUACUAUUCACCCAACCAAUUCUAUCUUCCUUGCAACCCGAGCUUGGCCAUGACCUGGAUUCCUGUACUGUGCUGUGGCUGCAAGUCCAUCUUCCUGAGGCAAGGGAGUUAACGGACUAGAAAUGUCCCGUUUCCACUUUUACAGUCAGUUAACUCCCUUGCCUUGAGAAGAUGCUACAAUUCCUGUUCCAAGGUGCUGUCAAAUAUUUUAUGGUUAUAUAGGAACACUUAGAACAAGCUUGCAUUUAGCACAGUUGAAGGAUUACAUUUUGUUAAAGCCAAUAUCUUGCUCCACAGUCUUUGUAUGUCUGAGGUUAUUUUGGUAUAUUCUGAGUUUGAUUGAAUGGCAUCAUUGAGAAUUGAUUUUGACAACACUUUGAACAGUAUGUCUCUCAUAUUGGGUGGUUUGACUCGAUCACUGGGUGUUGACUUAUUGUAUUCCUGAUUGUAAAGAUUAUUGCUCAUGUUUCCAGCUACUUGCUUGACAGGUCCAUAUUCAGUAAUUUUGUGAGUGAUAUGGCUGUCACGUUGCUGAAUGUCGCACUCAGUCUUAUAUUGUAACUUGUGGGGGGGCUCUACAGAUAGCAAGUCGCUCAGGUCAUUCGCCCAUGACCAGAAAAGCAUGCUAAGGACCAGCUAAGGGAGGCAACUCUAUACAGCAUAGCUUACAACCCCAGUCUGACAGGCACAAUUACCCUCUUCAUAAUGAAUUAAUAAAUCAAUACAAGUUAAUCAGCGUGAAUGGUAAUGAAAAAAACUGAAAUACACUGAGCUGAAUGUGUCGACUACCUUGUUCUUGUCAGGUUUAGGACUGAACUGAAAGUCUUUACUAGCCUGGGUAAAGAUAAAAAGAUGUAAUGUUAUAAUAAUGGAGAAAUUUUGGAAUUUGUCCUAGACCCGGGCUAGGAGGCUUCAGGGAAGUUGUAACCCUGUCUGGCGUUGAUGAUCGGUUUUAUGAGAUGAGGCGUUCCAUGACUGUAAAUAGAUAUUCACAGGUAUAUACCACUCAUUGUUAAGUUUCUGAAGUAUUCUUGGCACCAAGUGCAAUUGUUAUAUUUUGCAAGAGAAAUCUAAGUUUUAUUGAGAGAUUAUCUAGGAUGGCACUAAUGUGUAAAGAUCCAAGACAUGUGACAGCAGUUUAGUGUUCACAGUACCAAUGUAUUAAACUGUAGGAAGGAAA